GUCCUUGCGCCCGAGACUGUUAUCAGAAUUUUCGCUAGGCACAUCAUAAAAUCGAUUUGUACUGCCUACUUUUCUUUGUUUACUUUCCCUGUGCAAAUUCGUAAUAUUCGUAAUUUAAAAAAGCAAUUACUAGGCUUCGGGUCGGAGCACUGGGACUGCGGCAGCUGCAGGUGUAUUGGUUUGCGUCGGCAAAAUGUGAAUUAACAUGAGUGGCGCAUCGAUCGAUUUUUGAGAGCGAAGUGGGAAAGUAGCGGUGUCUCAGCUCGGCUGUGUGUGUGAGUGUGUGUGUACUGCGCCCCAACUAAAAGUUCAACGCCUAUAAGGGAAGAGGAAAAAUCUAAUUGAAAAGCCACUUCCAACUCUGCGGCCAUGGAGCAUCCUUCCUCGUUGCCCGGCUACAUUCGUGAGAAGCUCGCCGAAUUGGAUUUGGAGCUGUCGGAAGGCGACAUUACGCAAAAGGGCUAUGAAAAGAAGCGUGCGAAGCUCCUGCAGCCGUUCCUGAAAAAGCAUGAAGUCGAGAAGGCAAAGAGUACGCCGCCACCGCCAUAUUACAACGUUAAGGAUGCCAACAACAGCAACAGCCACGGCCACGGCAACAUCAACAAUGACGGAGUUGUGGUUUCCAGCGAGGGCUACAGCUAUGUGACCGAAGUACCGUCUCUAUCCUCCUCACAGCAAAGACAUUCCAAAAAGAUUGACCAUCACCAGUCAUCCUCCGUUAACUCUUCAUCGACAACGGCGCAGGGCGGAAAUGUCGGUACUCCCGGCUAUGAAAACAUGCGCCCACAAGGCGGUGCCGUUGGCGAUCCCGGAUAUCAAAACACUCGCGAGCCCAGUGGUUUUCAAAAUCAAACAAAUAAUAGUCAGCAUCGACAACGACGCACACAGCGGAAAGUAACGCACAAUGAGAAACGCUAUCACUCGGAGGUACGACAGGAGGCUGUACAGCAGGCCCUUGCAGCUCUCAAGGGUCGCCCAAAGCCCAGUUUACCCAUGCCUUCGAAGCGCACAUCUGUCCUCAACCGAAGCCCCGGCUGCAAUGAUGAGCUGGACUCAUCGACGGAUGACGAGUCCAUACCCGAGGAGACCAUUUCACCCGACAAGGAGUACAACUACCCACGCGACCAUAUAAGCAACAGCAUUCUUCCGCCCGAGCCUAUUAUCAAGCCACCAGUGCGUGAAUCAUCGAUGAGCUCACAGCAGCAUACGAGGCUCGAGGCAAAGCAGGCCCAAGCCCCAAGUCAGAAGUACACAUCAUCAUCGAAUAGUGGGCCAGAGAGGCGGCCACCGCAGAACUUGCCGCCAAUUCCUACAUCAGACACCUCGAGCACAGACUCGCCUCCCAUUGCUUACAAGCGAGAGACUGACUUUUCUGACAAAGCAUUCAAGCAAAAGCACUACAACGCUCCUGACAUAACACAGUUCAACAACGCCCAUCGUGCCGCCGACCGGGUCACACGAUAUGUGAACGUAUCUCAAAACGAACUGAGCGAAACGGAUGCCAAUGGAAAGUGGAAAGUAUCUGCAAAAAUCCAACAGCUUCUGAACACUUUAAAGCGACCAAAGCGAAGACCUCUGCCCGAGUUCUACGAAGACAACGAUAUUGAGCUUGAGAUUGCUGCCAACACCAAGGACCCCAACGCCCCAAAACCGGAGGGCAGCACCAUGACACCCGUGCAGGGCGAGCAACUGGCAAUACCGGCGGGACUGCCGCGGUCACUGGAAUGCGCUUUACAACGCUAUGGAACAAAUUCCUUUAAAAGUCCAAUGGCCACUGUCCUGGAUCCCAAUGGCAAAAUAACAACCACCUUGACCUAUGGCAAGCUGCUGUCGCGAGCACAAAAGAUUGCAUACGCUUUGUCCACGAAAAUAUUCAGCAAGGGUCCCGAGCAAGUGACCCUCAAGCCGGGUGAUCGAGUGGCUUUGGUUUAUCCCAAUAAUGAUCCCUUGAGUUUUAUUACAGCCUGGUACGGUUGCAUGUUUCGGGGCUUGGUGCCCCUGCCCAUUGAGCUGCCGCUUUCCAGCUCGGAUACACCGCCCCAGCAGGUGGGAUUCUUGCUAAGCUCCUGCGGCAUAACCGUGGCCCUAACCUCAGAGGCGUGCCUAAAAGGUCUUCCAAAAUCCACGACAACCGGGGAAAUAGCUAAAUUAAAGGGUUGGCCGCGACUGCAAUGGUUUGUAACUGAGCACUUGCCCAAGCCGCCCAAGGAAUUUAAUGUGGGCAACUUACGGGUGGAUGACUCGGCCGCAGCCUACAUAGAAUACACGACUGACAAGGAGGGCAGUGUGAUGGGUGUCACUGUCACCCGCGUGUCCAUGAUCAACCAUUGCCGUGCUCUGACCAUGGCCUGCCACUACACCGAGGGCGAGACCAUUGUCUGUGUUUUGGAUUUCAAGCGUGAAGUGGGACUCUGGCAUGCGGUUUUGACCUCAGUUCUGAACGGCAUGCACGUCAUUUUCAUACCCUAUGCUUUGAUGAAGCUGCGCCCCUCCAGCUGGAUGCAGUUGAUAACCAAGCACCGGGCUUCCUGCUGCCUGGUCAAGAGUCGUGACCUGCAUUGGGGCCUGCUGGCCACGAAGGACCACAAGGAUAUCUCGCUCUCAUCACUGCGCAUGCUAUUGGUGGCCGAUGGGGCCAACCCCUGGUCGCUGUCAUCUUGUGACCAGUUCCUGAGUGUUUUCCAGGCCAAGGGGUUACGAUCGGAUGCAAUUUGUCCCUGCGCCAGCAGCUCUGAGGUGUUUACAGUUUCCCUUCGUCGGCCUGGUCGCGGAUCCUGUGGCUUCAGCCCGUCCGCCACGGGACGCGGUGUGCUGUCCAUGGCAGCGCUCUCUCACGGUGUAGUGAGGGUGGACAGUGAGGACUCCCUCACGUCCCUCACGCUGCAGGACUGCGGCCAGGUUAUGCCUGCGGCACAAAUGGUGGUCGUGCGGUCCGAGGGAGCUCCAGUGCUCUGUAAGACCGAUCAGGUGGGCGAAAUAUGCGUUACCAGUGGCUCCACGAGCGCCAGCUACUUUGGCCUCGAUGGCAUGACGAAUUCCACCUUCAAAGUUCAGCCUUUGAUUGAGGAAUUCGAACCGCCGAAGGAUGGCAAUGGAACGGUGAAUGUAAUUUCGAAACCGAUUGGCGAAGAGUUUUACGUGCGGUCGGGACUGCUUGGAUUUCUGGGUCCCGGUGGCCUGGUCUUUGUGUGUGGCUCCCGCGAUGGCCUCAUGACGGUUACGGGUCGAAAGCAUAAUGCGGACGACAUCAUAGCCACAGUAUUAGCGGUGGAGCCGAUGCGCUUUAUUUACCGCGGACGGAUAGCCGUGUUCAGCAUCAAGGUGCUACGCGACGAACGCGUGUGUGUUAUCGCAGAGCAGCGACCCGAUUGCUCCGAGGAGGAGAGUUUCCAGUGGAUGUCGCGCGUCCUUCAGGCCGUGGAUUCCAUUCACCAAGUUGGCAUCUAUUGUCUGGCUUUAGUGCCACCCAAUCAUUUGCCCAAGACCCCACUGGGGGGCAUACACUUGUGUGAGGCGAGGCGCAGAUUCCUGGAGGGAUCCCUGCACCCAGCCAAUGUGCUGAUGUGUCCCCACACAUGUGUCACAAAUCUGCCAAAGCCACGGGAGUUGCAUCAAGGUGUGCAAACUGCCGCAAAAUUAAGCUCAUCAUCUGGAUGUGGUAUUACAGACACGGGUGUAGGACCAGCCUCCGUGAUGGUUGGCAAUUUAGUGCAGGGUAAUCGUCUGGCCGAGGCCCACGGACGAGAUGUUGGACUGGCCGAGGAUUGUGAGCGUAAGCCACAACUCAUAACGGGCGUACUGCGUUGGCGUGCAAACACUUCUCCGGAUCACAUAAUAUUCACACUGCUAAAUUCCAAGGGUGCCAUUGCCAAGACUCUAACAUGCUCCGAGCUGCAUAAGCGGGCCGAGAAGAUAGCAGCGCUUUUGCAGGAAAGAGGAAGGAUUGAGGCAGGCGAUCAUGUUGCGCUCAUCUUUCCACCAGGACUGGACUUGUUGUGUGCUUUCUAUGGCUGCCUUUAUUUGGGUGCAAUACCAAUUACCAUUAGACCGCCGCAUCCACAAAAUUUGAAUACUACUUUACCCACUGUUCGCAUGAUUGUGGAUGUCUCCAAGAGCGGCAUUGUGCUCUCCAUACAACCGAUUAUUAAGCUGCUGAAAUCGCGAGAGGCGGCCACUUCGAUUGACCCAAAGACAUGGCCACCCAUUUUGGAUAUAGAUGACAAUCCAAAGCGCAAAUAUGCCGGCAUUGCCACGGUCUCCUUUGACUCGAGCGCCUAUUUGGACUUUAGUGUGUCAACCUGUGGACGUCUCAGUGGAGUCAACAUAACGCAUCGAUCUCUCUCUAGUCUUUGCGCCAGUUUGAAGCUGGCCUGUGAGCUGUAUCCCUCUCGCCACGUUGCGUUAUGCUUGGAUCCGUAUUGUGGUCUUGGGUUUGUGAUGUGGACUCUCAUUGGCGUUUACAGCGGCCACCACUCCAUACUUAUUGCGCCCUACGAAGUGGAGGCCAAUCCCAGCCUUUGGCUGUCCACGCUCUCGCAGCAUCGUGUUCGUGACACCUUCUGCUCGUACGGCGUCAUUGAGCUCUGCACCAAGGCGCUAAGCAACUCCAUACCCUCGCUAAAGCAGCGAAACAUUGACCUGCGCUGCGUGCGAACGUGUGUUGUGGUGGCGGAAGAGCGCCCCCGAGUCCAACUGACUCAGCAGUUCUGUAAGCUCUUCCAGGCUUUAGGGCUGAACACCCGCUGUGUCUCCACUUCGUUUGGAUGUCGGGUGAAUCCAGCCAUUUGUGUGCAGGGAGCCAGCUCAGCGGAGAGUGCCCAGGUGUAUGUGGAUAUGAGGGCCCUGCGAAACAAUCGUGUGGCGCUGGUGGAGCGUGGUGCGCCAAAUUCACUGUGCGUCAUCGAGUCGGGUAAACUGUUGCCGGGCGUAAAGGUCAUCAUUGCUAAUCCCGACACUAAGGGUCACUGUGGAGACUCGCAUUUGGGUGAAAUUUGGGUUCAAGCACCGCACAAUGCCAACGGUUACUUUACAAUUUACGGAGAUGAAACCGACUACAAUGACCACUUCAAUGCCAAGCUAGUGACCGGGGCCACUUCAGAGCUAUAUGCACGCACCGGCUACUUGGGUUUCUUGCGACGCACCGAAUGCUCGCAAGCAGCCUCGUUGCUGGACGAGACCACACCGAGUGUGGCUAGCCGCGACAGUGAUACCGAGUCCCUGAAUUCCAUCAGCCAGCUGCAAUUGAACUUCUCGAAUGCUUCCUUGGGCGGAAACUCGGAGCAGAGCCUCAUAGGCGGUGCUGGCAAUCCGAAUGAUCAGGAACUGCACGAUGCUGUGUACGUGGUGGGAGCAGUUGAUGAGGUGAUCUCGUUACGCGGAAUGAACUAUCAUCCAAUUGAUAUUGAAAAUUCCGUAAUGCGCUGUCACAAAAAAAUUGCCGAGUGCGCCGUUUUCACCUGGACGAACUUGUUAGUGGUGGUCGUCGAGUUGGAUGGCAAUGAGUCGGAAGCUUUGGACUUGGUUCCCUUGGUCACAAACACAGUAUUAGAGGAUCAUCAGCUGAUUGUAGGCGUUGUGGUCGUUGUUGAUCCAGGUGUGGUGCCUAUUAAUAGUCGUGGCGAAAAGCAACGGAUGCAUUUACGGGACGGCUUUCUGGCCGACCAAUUGGAUCCCAUAUACGUAGCCUAUAACAUGUAAAUACACAAAUAUUCUUAUGAAGGGAAAACGCAAGCAUCCCCCCGUUCUCUCCCUAUCAUGUUUAAACCAUAACACUAACAUUCGCAAUCCACUAACACAAUAUACAAGAAGGCUCAUAUUUCAGUUCGGAUUGUCCAAAUAAUUGCACAUUUCCUCUAAGAAUAUUAGCAUAGUAGCAUAGAUGGUAAACAAUUCUUACAAUAAAUUGACUAUUUAACUUUA